AUGGAAAUUCGUCACAAUGGAUAUCAGGACUUGCUCGAAUCUAUCGAGCAAUCUCACGCCUCCUUUAUGGAUAGGCUCCGACACGUCCACGGCCAUCUCGCCGAGCGGACCGUGACCCCCGGCCAGACUGCGACACUAGGAGCUUUUGACCUCCCUGUGCCGAAUCUCGCUCUCUGGUCGACCUGCGGUGGAUUCCAUGGGAUGAAUCCAAUCCAGUCGGCACCGACUGUCACUCCCGCUGCAGUCCAGCAGUUCCAGAGACAAAAGGCCAAGCGCCGACCUCAGGAGACAGACUCGGAGCGUCAAUCGCCCCUCGAGCCCCUCCCAUGUCACUCCUCUCCAUGUCGCGAGGAGCGACGUGUCUCUGACCUGGCAAACCGUCCACAAUUCGUGUUCGCUAUCCUGACCUUGAUGCAGAAUCUGCAGCAGCAGAAGCAGCAGCAGAAGCAGCAGCAGCAGAUUCAUGCUCAACGGAGAAGCCAUGCGCUGGGAAGCGAAGCGUUGGAACGAUUCCAUCAGCUUCGUCAACAGUGGACAGAACAUGCGCUCAUUACAUGCCUCGGCACGAGCAACCUCGUUCUUGAUCCUGUCGAGCUCAUUGGCUCCGCCAAAGGAGAGCGCAAGCCCUAUACUGAUAUGCAGAAUUUCCAGCAGUCUCAGGAUGUCCUCGAGAAUCACGACAUCAUGUUACCGCACAACGAGACGGACGACGGCGCCUUCGAUACAUCGACAGGCACCAUGACUGGCGAGCAUAUCAGUCAGAUUCAACCUGAUGAUACAAAGCCCGUCUCGACCCGAGAUAACGAGUCCGAUGUUUUCUCUGGGCCCGAAUCGAUCGAGCGCUUGCGCCUCAAUCAACAAUCCGGCAAUCUCUUGCCACUGCCCCUGGUUGUUGCCAUGGCCGAUAUAGUCGCCACCUACGCCGGCUAUUGCUCCAUGACUGCCAACGUCGUCUCGAUAUUGGCUGUCAUGAACGGCAAGGACAAUUGCUUCUCGAAGCAAAUGAACUUGGCAGACAACAACCACACUAUGGCUUUCGCAUCUCCCAGCGGAAGCAGCAACAACUACUUUUACGAGGUGGACGACAAUACCGCCACCAUGGACGGACACGGCGCAUGGGCGGCGUCAGGCGCAGGCCUGCCCGUCCAUGACUUCCUUCAUGGCAUGUCCGCUUUCGAGUCCCCACUCUCUGAGAUCCUGGAGGGCGACUUCAGCGACGACAUGGAGUUUGACGCUUUCAUCGAAAAGGAGCUGGCCAAGGGCUACGGACUAGAGGUGUUUCCCUCAAACGGCAACACGGGCGACCCGUGUGCUUUCGACUUCAACACACCCGUCGUUCCUACCCCUGACUUCAACGACCCCCUCCUCUUCCCGAUCGUCGACGACAGCCAGGCCCUCGGCUACUCGUCCUUUGAUUUUGAUCUCCCCGCCGCCGAGUCCUUCUUCGCCCCUCUCAGCAUUGGCGAUGCAUCACCGUACACGAACUCACCCUCCACCCACACCACCAACUCGGCUUCUCCCUUUACGACGUCGCCCGACUCUACCACCGAGUCGGACACUUCCGGUCACGCGUACGCCUGCACGGCCGACAGCUGCUUCAAGACAUUCAAGAAAGAAAGUCAACUCAAGCAGCACCAGCGCGUCCACAAGAAGUCUCUCACCUGCCCGCACUGCCCGAGCGCGCCCAAGUUCGCCCAGGUGCGCGACCUCGAGCGCCACCUGCAGGUCCGCCACAAGGACGUCGCCACCCGCGACAACGUCCGCUCCGAGACGCGCCAGUGUCCCUUCGAGGGCUGCGCGCACCGCGGCCGGCGCGACAACGUGUCGAGGCAUUUCGAGAGCAAGCACGGCGGGAAGCUGAUGUGGAGGAAGGGGGUGCCGACGGUUCUAACCGUCUAG